CGGUGUCCAGAGGAGACAGCGCACACAGACGGCUCCAGUACGAAGAGACACACUCAGAGAGGACAGGAAUAAGAAAUAAUAUAUAUAAAAAAAAGAGAAACAUUCUUCUGGGAUCAUGACGCUGCGGGACGAGCUUUUAAAGUCCAUAUGGCACGCGUUCACAGCUCUGGAUGUGGACAAAAGCGGGAAAGUCUCCAAAUCUCAGCUCAAAGUGCUUUCUCAUAACUUGUGUACGGUGUUGGGGAUCCCACACGACCCGGUGGCGCUGGAGGAACAUUUUAAGGACGAUGACGAGGGUCCUGUUUCCAAUCAGGGGUACAUGCCGUACCUCAACAAGUUCAUCCUGGAUAAGGCGAAGGAUAACUUUGACCGCCAGGAGUUCAAUAAAAUGUGCUGGACGUUGUGCUUUAGGAAGAACCUGGGUCAGAAACAGCUCUUCAUCUCCAAUGACGACGCCUUCAAGAUAUGGUGCAUAUUCAACUUCCUGUCUGAGGACAGAUACCCGCUGAUCAUCGUCACAGAGGAGAUUGAGUAUUUCUUGCGUAAGCUGACGGAGGCGAUGGGAGGAAGCUGGGUGGAGGAGCGUUUCGAGGACCUGAAGCUGGAGCUGAACUCCAAGCAGCAGUGUCUGAAUGUGUGGGAGCUGAUCACGCUGGUGGGCUCAGGCCAGUUCAGCAAGGGCAUGGACCAGCAGACGCUGUCCAUGGGGAUCAGCGAGGUCUACCAGGAGCUCAUCCUGGAUGUCCUCAAACAGGGAUAUAUGAUGAAGAAAGGCCACAAGAGGAAGAACUGGACAGAGCGCUGGUUUGUGCUGAAGCCCGGCUUCAUUUCGUAUUAUGUGGGCGAGGACCUUGCAGAGAAGAAAGGAGACAUCCCAUUGGAYGGAUCCUGCAGUGUGGAGUCCUUACAAGACAAAGAGGGAAAGAAGUGCCUCUUCCUCAUCAAGUCGUCUCAAAAAAGCUUCGAAAUCAGCGCAUCGGACAAGAAGAAGAAGCAGGAGUGGAUCCAGGAUUACAGCUCAUGUGWUAUCACAAACAUCUACMCUCAGACGUUUUCAUCUGACAUYAAGCUUUCACUAUCUAGGAUCUUACCAGAUCUUACCACAUCUGUCCAAACAGCCAUUUUCACUUUGCUCGUUUUAGUUUUUUGUMUCCUUUUUGAUUUUUGUUUUCUGUUUUUUAUUUCUGGUCAGGCUCUGGAGGAGGCAGCAGCAAAAGCAGCAGAGGAAGAGAAAAAACGCCUUUUGACUCACACCGAACUACAGGACCGCUACAGGACGGAGCUUGAGAGAGAAAAAAUGGUACGGCAGCAGAUGGAGGAGCAGGUGGCCCAGAAGUCUUCUGAGCUGGAGCAGUACCUGCAGAGGGUCCAGGAGCUGGAGGACAUGUAUCAUAAGCUGGAGGAGGCUUUGGAGGAGGAGAAGCGGGCCAGGCAGGAUGAGGAAACCGUCCGUAAGCUGCAGGCACGGUUGCUGGAAGAGGAGGCUGAGAAGCGAGCCGAGCUGGAGCAGAUCCACCUGCGUCAGCAGCGGGCCAUCUCUGAGACCGAGGCGGAGAAACAGGAGCUGGAGAAGGAGCGGCUGGCCAAGGAGAGCGCCCUGCAGGCCGCCAUGAAACAACUGGACGAGCUGGAGCAGGAGAGGCAAGGAGCRCUGGAGCAAUACCAGACGGUGAUGAAAAAGCUGGAAGAUGCAACUAACAACACCAAGUCAUGGAAGCACAAAGUGGCUCAGCAUGAAGGGAUGCUGCGGCUCAUCCAACCAGGCUCUAAGGGGCCACAGAAGAUCACCAACUGGGGCCCGGCAGCCUUCUCUGACGUGGAGCUCAGCCUGCGGGAGAAGCAGUGGCAGGAGAUGAAGAACCAAGCCGCUCAGGCUCAGUGAAGCUGCCGUGAGAACUCGGCCUCAAACUGGUCACUAACUCACAAGGCUGGUUAGACGUGUUCAGUAAAACAAACCUGUAGUGACUGAAAUCAAACCUGGUGACUGGAUUUUCCAACCGGACACAAAUACCUGGUUUACUAGCAAACUGAGGCAUUUUUAAAUUAGGGCAUUGAUUAACUGAUUAGUUUGGUUCCUUUAAAUGAAUCUUUAGUGUUGUCCAGCAAUAGACUAACCAGCCGUACUGUCAGUGUACAACACUAAAAACCAGAGCUGCAGUUUAAACGUGAUGCGCCAAGUUUAGCUCGAAUCCAGUGAAGAAUCCAGACGUCUGUGACAGCGGUGAGGAAACACUGGAACACAGACAGUCACAGGGUCUAGUUAMAGGCUGUAAAUACAACAGAGCUGGUAUGUUAAUGCUGUAGAUAUGAAGUCAUUAAUCUGAGACAUCGUCACAAAAACACAAUACAAAACUGCAUCGUCCUGCUCCUCGGUUUCUUCUAGUGAUUUAUUCUGAUCCGUUGUCCUACGCAGAAACAGGACAAGCACACUAAUACAUUGAUAUCAAUACAACAAGCAGACAUUUUUAUUAUUAUUCUUUUUUUUUUCUUUUUCUACAGUGUGCAGUCUCCAUUUGUCUGUGCUUCUGGUGCACAUGGAGUAGCAUAGUCUAAAAAUAACAACCUUAGAAAAGAUUCUGCCUUUACUUUGAGUCCAAGUGGGGAAAUAAAUCACACCUGAAGAAAAAAAUUAUUGCAUUAAAUCACUGGUGGCGCAAUUACUGAUGCUCCUGUUUCGGAGAAACUCCCUUUGCAUGCAGGACCGAACUUCUUCUAAUGCAACGUUUGACCCAAAUGGAGCAAACAGACAGAGGGGUGCUGAUGUUUUUUUUUCUAGAUUUCCCUGAAUCGUAUCUUAGCCCAGACAGCAGGUGAUCAUAAGACAAUGAUGUAAGUAUUCUUUGGGAUUAAUAAAGUUUGUUUGAAUUGGGUUGAAUGGAAUAAUAUCUAGAAGUCCCUUAAAUCUCAACUUCAAAAAAUAAAGGAUGCAUUAAACAUCUUUCAGCCACAUCCAUUUAAAAUGAAUUCUGAGAGACACUAAAAUUGUGCAGCCUCUUGAUUUUAAUUCCACUUUGUUUUUAGAGCUUUCCUCUCUGAUUGUUGUCAUCAAAAGGUUGGACAUUUGAAACGUUUCUGUGACAAAUUGUGCUACUGCAACCAGUAAAAUGUGGCUGUGACUGUAAACUCAUUUAGGAGCAACGAACAACGAGCUAGUUGAUCUGCCCGUCCGCUUCCCGUAACAUUGUUAGCUGUUUGUACGAUAUUUUAUCAGUACAUAUUGUCAAAUUGAUUGAUUUCUGAUGUGCAGCUGGUUAAAGGAGGAUGUUGGUUUAUCUCAUCCAAUGAGGGAACCGAUUAUCUGCUCGUACUUAWCGCACUACUUUUAACCUGAUUCUCAAGCUAACAAAAGGCUUGUAGUUCAAGCUGUUAAAAGUAAGUUUUGUACCUUUUGUGUCAAAACGUUCAGGAGCUAAAUCUGUCCAACGCCCUGGACUCUGGGGCCGUUUUAAAAUGAAGAGGAGACAUUUUGUCAUUUUAGCCAGCGUCCACUGCAAACAGGACUUCUAACUGUUGGACGUCUCUGCUGCACUCAUAAUGCCCUGAUUAACUCCUGUGAUUGUUGUUGUUGUUUUUUGAUAUAUGCAUUUGUAAAAACCUGGAGACUGAGCUGUGUAAUAAAAACGAUUUCUAAUUAUGCUCUGAUUGAAUUGUGGAAUCAAAUUUUUCUCUUCAUCUCAACAUUGUUUCCAUUGAACAGCAGGUUUUAUUAUAGACUUUCCUUCAGCUGCGGCCUGUUAUUAAGAGAGCUGCCAACAGGGGGCGCCAAGGUCAAUAAUAAAUAUAGCCAACACAACAAUCAGUUCUGUUACUCUACUGUUAAUAAAAGAUAAAUCCUU